UUUUGACAUGCGGCUGAGUGGUUAUGGGUUGUGGGAACAUCUUGCCAUCGCGGCACCGUAUGGCGGUGAAACCAGUGGCUGAAGGUGAUGGCAAUGUCAUCAAAACUCUGCCUAUUGUGGUGUCAUCAACGGCGGGUGUGCAAGGACUACGCAAUGUCUCCGCAGAAAUCGCGGAUGCUUCCAUCUUGAAAGUGGAGGAACGUGCGAUUCUUCUUCCCCAGUUGCAAGAGCUUAUGGGCACCAUCGAACUUCGGCUGGCCGAGAAGUCUUUGAUGUCUACGGGCGCAAGGCCUACGCUCCUCUGCACAUCCAACUGCAACUUGUACGACACGGUCCACCACUUCAUCAAACCAGCUACAAUGCAGCGGAAAUGUUCCUAUGUGGAGCUCGUGGCAGAAGGUCCUCAACUUGCGCAGUGGUUUGUAUCUCAUUGGUGGGGAGAGCCUGUGGUGCAGUUCAUCGCCUGUGUGGCGAAGCAUUUGCACCAUCGACAAUUGGCAGAAACGGUCCCUUACUGGGUCUGUGCUUAUGCCAACAAUCAGUGGCAGCUGAACGACGAGCUCGGCAGAACGCCGAGCACUUCGUCCUUCCGACGAGCACUGGAUGUGUCCCAUGGCACCCUGUCCAUCCUCGACAACAGCGCCACGGUCUACACGAGGAUCUGGUGCGACUAUGAGGUAUUUGUGACGUUGGGCAAAAGCACCUGGACGACACACCUUUACGACAUUUACACCUGGCAAAAAGGCGAGGCACUGGGCCUGACGGAUGGGGUGGCGCAGAUCGAUCAGAGGGGCGCCAGUUGGUGGUGGGAGGAUCGGAAGCAAAAGCGCGAGCGGAACUUUCCCUUCGAGUUGGCCAGGGCUGCGAUGCAGAUCCAGGUCCAGUGCGGGGAAGCCUCCGUGGAGGAAGAUCGGCGCCGGAUUCUGCACGCCAUCUGCGGCAGCGACGGCGCUGGGGUCUGCCAGGAGCCACCUUUGGAACACCCAAAUUACGAGGCAGUGAACGCCACGCUGCACGCGCGCUUCGCGUUGACUUCCUGGAUCUUGGCGCUGCAGCACGGGCAGAGCAUCGAGUGUUAUGCUCGUGCCUUGUCGGUUUCUCACCUCACGCGGAUCAGCUUGAGCUUCAGGUCCAAGAGCUACGCCACCGACGCCAUGCUGAAGACCCUGGCGAUGGCGUUGCCGUCGACCUUGAAAGAGCUGUGCUUGGUGAUGACGCGGUGCAAGAAGGUCUCAGACGAAGGCAUUGUGGCGCUGUCAGGGGCAAUCCAAAGUUUGCCGCUGGAGCAUUUGCAUCUGGAUCUUGCGCAUGAUCUCAUCACCGACUCGGCCAUGGAGGCUCUGUGUUCCAACAUGCCACGGAGCGUGCGAAAUCUGUGGCUCAGCAUUGGCAUGUGCAACCAGAUCAGCGACCUCUCGGUGCAGCAUCUGGCCGAUGCGCUGGGAGCUCGCGCCGUGGCGCUGGAGCAGUUCUUUGUGUCGCUGGUGCAGUGUCCCAGGCUCACGGGCCAGUCCCUGCGCUGCCUGGGCCCCGCCGUGGCGGGGCGAGCGCUGCGGAGCUACUCGCUGCUGCUGGGCUCCUGCCAGCUGGAGGAUGAGGAUCUGCUGGUGGCACUGGACUGCCUGCCGCAGGGACUGGAAGAGUUUUUCCUCGAUUGCUGGGCCUGCAAGAAGCUGAGCUCGCGAGUGUUGAUGGCCCUUGGGGAGAAGCUCAUGGUAUCAAUGCCCAGGCUGAAACUCUUAGAGCUGACCUUUGGAGAGAUUCCAGAGAUCUCAGGCGUCAACGGCCGAGCGUACGCAGAGCGUCGCGAAGCCGAGGUGCCGGAGAUGUUGAGCGACGCUCGGCGAGAGCUGCAAAUCAGGUUUUACACCUGAGCGAAAUAUAGAAAUACCUUGGUUGA